CAUAGUAGUUUGGGAGAUGCACAAAUCUGGGUCUGAGCCCAGAGAAAUGGCAAUCAAGCAUUACAUGGAUUACAUGGACUUCAUGAGAUAAGACAACUCUGGAGUACAGGAUCACUAAAAGGUAUGCUUUGAGAAACGGAAACCGAAACAGAAAGCCUCUCUGACUUCUGGAGACUCCGCCUCCUGACGCUCACAGCUCACACACUUAAAAGAGCUGACCCAGCCUCUGGCUGUGCCAGGGAGCAGCCAGAAGCUGUGACAAGCAUCAGUUCCUGCAAGGGAUCCUAGUGAUAAAGCCUACAGCCAUGACCUGGAACCUGAAGGUGAAGAUGCUGAGUGAUGAGUUCCUGGUGUCCCUGACUAUGUCCACGACAGUGUUGGAACUGAAGAGGCAGAUUGCCCAGAAGACUGGCGUGCCAGCUUUCCAGCAGCGCCUGGCCAACCAAAGUGGCGCUGUGCUACAAGACAGUGGUACUGUCAUCAGCCAGGGCCUGGUCCCUGGCGGCACAGUCAUGCUGAUUGUACAGAAUUGCAACAACCCUCUGAGCAUCCUGGUGAAGAAUGACAGGGGCCGCAGCACCAUUUAUGAGGUCUGGCUGACACAGACAGUAGCAGAGCUUAUGAGGCAGGUGUCCCAGAAGGAGCAAGUACAGGAAGACCAAUUCUGGCUGAGCUUUGAGGGAAGACCCAUGGAGGACAAAGAGCCACUGGGGGAGUAUGGCCUAAAGCCACAGUGCACAGUGCUCAUGAAUUUGCGCCUGCGGGGAGGGGUAUGCUAUGCCUAAGGCCUCUAUCCAGAGCCAAUGUUGGCAAUAAAAAGUGAUCCAGUGUAAA